AUGUCGAAUAACUCAUCAUGGACUGUACCAUGUCCAACAAGGUCCUAUUUCUUCUCUCAGCUACACCAUUCUGCUGUGGAGUGCCAGGUGCAGUUAAAUGGGAUAGAAUCCCAUUCUCUAAUAAGUAUCCGGGGAACUCAUCAGAGAGGAACAGAAUGCGCUACUGUAAGUUUGAACUCCGGAGGCAAUAUUGGCAAGGAUACUCGUCAUGUUUCCUUUGAUUUCAAUAUUAACUCCCCAAAGAAAAUUUCUUCUUCAUUGGUUCAAGCACGUAAGAUUCGGACAGUUCUUUUGCUUCAUCAAUGGUAUAACAAAUGGGGAAAGUCAACUUCUGAUGCACUAAGAUCAAAUGUCAAGUUCACACGCACUUUGGAUUUGAAUGGUUCGGGGAUUACAAUACUAUCAAAGUCUAUAGGCAGUUUCAAGCAUUUGAGAUAUCUAGAUCUUUCAGAUAACGAGGAUAUCCAGAUGCUACUCAAUUCGAUUACCAAUCUACUGAAUCUGCAGACACUACGACUAAAUGGUUGCUCUCGCCUACGAGAAUUGCCCAGAGACUUGAAGAAGCUAGUCAAUCUCAGACAUCUUGAAAUUGAUGGGUGCUUUGGAUUGACUCAUAUGCCACGCGGAUUGAGUCAGCUGAUCAAUCUUCAGACACUAUCAAGGUACAUACUAAGCAAGAGCAAUGAUGUUGUCACGAUAAAUGGAGGUGAGCUAAAAGAUUUAAUGGGCUUGAACAACUUGAAAGGGGAAUUGGAAAUUCGGAAUCUGGAACACGGGAAUGAUGCGGCAACAGACUAUGAGUCUGCAAAUUUAAAGGAAAAACAAUAUCUUCAAUCCUUGGAAUUGGAAUGGAUUUCUGAUGAUGAAGGAACAGAGGCUCCUGUUGGUUAUGAGAAGUCACUAGAAGCCCUCCAGCCACAUCCAAAUCUCCAAGAAUUGGUUCUAUGGAGUUACGGGGGUGUCAAGAUUUCAAGUUGGCUUUCUUCACUUACAAAUCUGGUGAAUUUGACAUUAGUGUCGUGUGAGAAAUGCCAGCAUUUAGUGCCGUUGAAUCAAUUACACCGUCUUAAGAAAUUAGAACUUAAUAGCUUGCCGUGUCUGGAGUACAUAAAUGGUGAGGAGGAAGACUUGUUGCUUUCAUCAACAAUAAUACUGCCAUCCCUACGAGAACUUUGGUUGAGUAAUUUGUCAAAUCUAAAGGGAUGGUGGAGAGAGGUAGUAAGUGGGGAAUUGUUGCCUUGUUUUCCUCCUUGUCUUUCUAAAUUAAUAGUAAGGGAUUGUCUUCAGCUGAGUUGCAUGCCGCUUUACCCACAUUUAGAAAAAAGACUAGAGCUAAGAAAUACAAGGUUGAAGCCAUUGGAACAGACAGUAUUAGUAUUAGAGAGUAGAAAAUACAGUACUAGUACUACUGGAACUGAAAUCCCAACGACAACGUCAUCUUCUUUCUCUCCUCUCUCUAAAUUGACAUCUUUGAGAAUUUGGGGAAUUGGGGAGGAUCUACAAUGUCUUCCGGAGUGGUUCAAGAGCCUUACUUGUCUCAAAGAGCUGGAGAUUGUGUAUUGCUCGAAAUUAAAGGAUCUGAGCCCGGGUAUUCAUCAUCUCACCUCACUUGAAAGCUUGGUAAUUGAAAAUUGUGAGGAGUUAGAAGAGAUGAUGGUGGUGAAUAACGGAAGACUCCGCUCUCUGGAGCUUUCUGGCUCUCAUAAAUUGGCGUCUCUUCCUGAGGGUCUUCAACACCUUACCAGUCUCCACCGCCUUGCGAUUUCUGAUUGGAAGAGUCUGGAAACUAUUCCGGAGUGGAUUGGCAACCUAAAUUCACUUGAAACACAUCUAUUAGUGAAAUGCCCCAAAUUGAGAGCAUUACCUGAAGGAAUACGAAGCCUCACUUGUUUAAAAACACUCUUGAUUCGGGAUUGUCCCAUGUUAUGGAAGAGAUGCGAAAGGCAAAUAGGCGAGGAUUGGCCCAAGAUUGCUCAUAUCCCAGAACUGGACUUGAGCCGAGAUCCCAACAGAAGCGAUGAUGUUGAGAAUCCAUCAAGGGAUGAGCAUACGACAAGUUUAGACAAGAUAAAAGCAUGCAGCAGCAGCAUCUUAUUCAAAAAUUUUGGGCUAUGCAUGCAAUAA